UGGCAGCCCAAAGCCGGCAGCGCACGGGCGCGGGGUCAGUCGUGUUGUGUUGUGGUGCGGCGAGCAGAGAGCCCCGGGCCUUUGUGGUCUGGUCUGCUGUUUCGGCGAAAUGGAAAACUUUUUGUGCAAAAUUAAGAGGAGGCGAAGCUCGGCGCCGCCCGGCCCGGCCAAAGCAGCGUCCACGAAGCGACGGAGGAUUUCGGUCUUCGCAAACAAGAAUGACGAGCCGCCAGAGAUCACGUACUGCGUGGUGGACCAGACAGGCACCCUGUCCCUGCAAGCCCUCACGCCCACCCAGCCCAUGCCCGCCGAGGAUGAACUCAAUGCCAAGUUCGCCGAAUUCGUGGAGGAGCUGGACCUCACCGCCCCCAACAAAGCUGCGAUGCUUAGCCUGCCCUCUGAAAAGAAAUGGCAGAUCUACUGUAGCCGUAAGAAGGAUCAGGAAGGUGGCUCAACUGACCUAUCACAGCUCCCAGAGCAUUACCUGGAAAGACUCCAGCAACUUUCAGCAAGCCCAGUUUCAGGAGGAGACAGCAAUGACGAAGUUCGAACAGCAACCCGUCAGUUGGAUGGUCUUAAGACGGCUCUCCGUACCCAGCCUCACAGCUUUGUAUUACGCUUUGUGGAGCUGGACGGCCUGGCUGCCCUCCUGCAUUUACUCUCUUCGAUGGACUACGACACAGCUCAAAGCUCUCUCCACACGUCUUUGAUUGGAUGUUUAAAAGCCUUAAUGAAUAAUUCGAAUGGUCGUGCACAUGUUUUGGCACAUCCAUCUGGAAUUGAUAUUAUUGCCCAAAGUCUCAGCACAGAAAAUAUUAAGACAAAAGUGGCUGUGUUAGAGAUUCUAGGAGCUGUAUGCCUUGUUCCUGGCGGUCAUAGGAAAGUUCUUGAAGCCAUGCUCCACUAUCAGAAACAUGUGUCUGAAAGAACCAGAUUCCAGGGCAUAGUUAAUGAUUUGGAUCGUAGCACUGGAAUUUAUAGAGAUGAAGUUAGUUUAAAAACUGCAAUAAUGUCAUUUGUCAAUGCUGUUUUGAACUAUGGCCCUGGGCAAGAUAAUUUAGAGUUCAGACUCCAUCUUCGAUAUGAAUUUCUUAUGCUAGGAAUCCAGCCUAUAAUUGAUAAAUUAAGAAGCCAUGAAAACGAAACUCUGGACAGGCAUUUAGACUUUUUUGAAAUGGUGCGAAAUGAAGAUGAAAAGGAGCUUGCACGGAAAUUUGAGAAGGAGCACAUUGAUACAAAGAGUGCAAGUAGCAUGUUUGAAGUUCUGCGACGGAAACUGAGCCAUACUGCGGCUUAUCCACACUUGCUGUCACUGCUUCACCAUCUAAUUCUCCUACCUCUUGACUAUGGCUCACACCCCCAACAUUGGCUCUUAUUGGAUAGAGUCGCCCAGCAGGUUGUACUCCAAGGAGAAAAUGCUGAAAAUCCUGAUGUUACUCCUCUUGAUAUUAAUGUCAAGGAAAUAGUGCACUUGCUUGCCAAGGAAGAGGAGUUGGUAGCAGCUAGAACCAAGGCUGAGGAGUUAGAAAAAGAAAACAAUGAAAUAUCAAAUAAAUUGGCUAAGAAGGAGCAGGAGCUAGAUCUGCGAACUCAGGAAAAGGAAGAUAUGGAGGCCAGUUUGACUCGUGUCAAAGAAAGGCUUGAGAAAGAAACUGCCGCCCACCUUGAAAUGAAAGCCCGCGUUUCAGAACUGGAAGAUAGAAAUAUUCAGCUCGAGCAUCAAGCCAAUUGUGAACGUGGGGAAAGGCACAGACUUGAACAACUUGUCAGCUCUGGCAGCUUGCCAGAUGAUGCUAAGGUUCUUGGCUUAAGCAGUACCCUGGGAUCAGAUGCACCUGUGAAUCUGAAUCAGAAGACUGAGCCUGCUGUGAAACCACCCCCUCCUCCUCCCAUGGCCAUGGCUGCACCCCCACCGCCUCCACCCCCUGUUCCUGGAAUGCCGCCACCACCACCCUCAUCAUGCAUACCGCCACCCAUGGCUCCUCCUCUAGCAGUGAACCGUAACAAGAAUGUGCCUCAGCCAGCUAAUCCUUUAAAGUCAUUCAAUUGGUCCAAGCUGCCAGAUGCUAAGGUUGUCAAUACUAUUUGGUCUGAGUUGGAUGACACUAAACUUUACAAUGCUAUGGAACUGGAAAACAUUGACAAAUUGUUUUGUGCUUAUCAGAAGAAUGGAGUUGCUAAUGAUGGAUCAGUUGAAGACCUGCGCCAAGUGGGUAAAACAAGAACCAAAAUAUUAUCUGUGAUAGAUGCGCGCCGGGCGCAGAACUGUACCAUUUUGUUAUCCAAACUCAAAAUGUCUGACGAAGAUAUAUGCAAGGCUAUUAAAAGUAUGGACAGCCGAGAUCAACUUCCUAUUGAUAUGGUUGAACAGUUACUCAAAUUUACCCCCAGCGUUGAAGAAGCUGCUUUGUUGGAGGAACACAGUGAAGAAAUUGACAGCUUAGCUCGAGCAGAUAGAUUCCUUUAUGAAAUUGCUAAGAUACCUCACUAUGAACAGCGUCUUCGAAGUUUGCACUACAAAAAGCGCUUCAGUGUUGCUGUCGGUGAAGUUGAGCCCAGGAUUCGUGCUGUUAUGGAAGCAUCUCGAGAAGUUGCAAGAUCUCGGAGGCUGCGUCGAUUACUGGAAUUGGUGCUUGCUCUAGGAAAUUAUAUGAAUCGUGGUGCUAGAGGAAAUGCAUGGGGAUUCAGACUGGCAUCACUUAACAGACUUCAUGACACAAAAUCAAGUGCUGUCAAAGGGACAAGUUUACUUCAUUACCUUGUUCAUAUCUUGGAAAAGAAGUUUAAAGAUAUCCUCAAAUUAGAGGAAGAUAUCCCACAUGCUAGGGAAGCUUCUAAAGUGAGCCUAGCUGAGUUGGAAAAGGACAUGGCUGCUUUAAGAACAGGACUUAAAGAAGUUGAAAGGGAGUUAGAAUUUCAUCGCUCUCAAACUCAGCCAACAUCAAACAAUGUGCCAGCUGACCGUUUCCUCCCUGUGAUGAAAGAAUUUUUAUCUUCUGCUACCUGCCGUUUCUCAGAGCUUGAGGAUCUUUUCCAGGACAUGAAAACAAGAUUUGACCGUGCUGUGCGUCUGUUUGGAGAAGAUAAUUCAACAAUUCAACCUGAUGAUUUCUUUGCUAUUUUUGACUCAUUCCUGACAUCCCUGAAUGAAGCACGUCAAGACAACGAAAAUUUCCGUAGGAGAAAGGAGGAGGAAGAAAGACGAACAAAACAGGAAGCAGAGCUUAAAAAGAGGACAAUGGAUCGGAAAAAUAGUAGAGAAGGCGGCUUAUUGUCUAAAGUUGGUCUUGGCAAAAAUAACAACAAAGAAGCAGGAGAAACAGUUAACGGCAGUGGUGAAAAUGCUAAAGGUGAAUUUGACGACCUCAUUUCUGCUCUUCGUACAGGAGACGUUUUCAAUGAAGAUAUGGCAAAGCUUAAAAGGAGUAGGGUAAAAUCCCGGCUGUCUGCAAAUGGAAACUCCCCUCCUCGACGGGAAAGCACUUCAAGGGAGGACAGUCGCGAAAGAGUUUUGAUUGCAAACAAUCGUCGUCAGUAGAUCUCCAUGAGUAAUAGUUCAUGCAACACAUGGUCAUCUGUCAUUUAUAGAACUAAAAUGGUCAUGAUAAAAGUACUUUGGCAAUAUUUAUGUCUAAUAUGCCUUUCUGUACCGAUAGCACUAAGAUCAGAAUAGUGCCCCAUUUUCGUGUUUUAUCUUAUGUACUCAUGGAAAGGUGUCCUUAAUUCAUGUAAACUUUACAUAUGUUAAAUUGCUUUAAACGUUGUUAAAACAUGCAUGCAUUUUUGCUGCUUCCCUGCUUGACGUGUUACAUGUGAGGCUUUGCCUUGUUCCAAAGCCUAAAUGUUACCAAUUAUUAGCUCAUCAGUGCUUUAUUCAUCUUUUCUAUGUAAAUAAUUUCUUUCAUAGAAUAUUGUUUGCAUGUAACUGUGUGUCUAUACUAUGUGUUUUGUGGUGCCAAGUAGGAAAUGAGGGACUUUGCAGACUUGUCUCAAUCAUUGAAUAAGAGGACACGGGCACAUUCGUUUUUAUAAUUCAUUCCGUAACAUCGAUCAUGUUAGCUAUGCUGGUACUGUUUUUUUGUGGCCUUAUGUUUUGUAGUAUUGUGUACAAAUGUAUUUUUAAAAAUAAUUUAUUCAAGUCAAUAUUGUAUGUAUAACCGAGUAAAGUACUGUGUGCAAUUGGCAUCAGAAGCCAGCUCCUUGGAGCUAUUGUAAAAUGAGUCAUUGAUAUAGGUUUGACUUAGAAAAAUUCUGUUUUGAAUUCAAACGGCAUACACUAUAUACAUAGUAAUUGUUGCAUGAAUAUUACUAUCAAAAUUUUGGCUGGGGGAAUCAUUAAGUGACUGAUUUUGCAUUUAUGUGUCUGUACCUAUAUUUGAUGUAAUUUUAAUUCUGUCACCAACCCAAUUUCGUAUACUGCUGAUGUCCUCACGUUUAAUGAACAUUUAGUAAAAUUGUACAUUCUUCUAUUGCAAUACAUAUAGGCAUUUCUAGUUCCUGAAGUAGCGCAAACCAAGAGAGUACCCAUAAUGUUUUGCUGUGUAUAUUGUUGUCUGUUGUCAUAAAAAAAAAAAUAGUUGGAAAACUCUUUCUUUUUUAAGUUGUGCCAAAUAAAUAUAUAUAAUCAACAGAGACUGAUGAGGAUGUUAAAAAGAAAUUUGCCACAGCUUUAAUUCCUGCUAAUGAUGGCUGCAAAGCUUCCAAUUAAAGUUAAGAAACAAAGAGCAAAUGAAACUGUAAAAUCAUCUCCAGCUCUAUUUAUUAAACUUUUCUUGAAGUA